UGGGAUUGAAAUCAAAUAACGAACGAAUGAACAAAUAAAAUUUUAUUCCCAAUAAAAGUUUAUUCGAACAACACUCAGCGGUGAUGUGUAGUACCAGAGAGCAACGAUUCCACCGAACGAAAGCGGUUACGUAUGAAACGCGACUAUGACGGUAGGUAUAUAAGCUUUGCUUUAAAGCGAUGUGAUCAGUCGAUAGCACUCGUUGGUCUACAAAGCAACCAACAUGGCGAAGAGUUUAUGGCCGUAUCUCGGCUUAGCCGUGAUCUGUACGUUUAUCUCCUUAUCCAUGGCGAGGGAGCUGAGGAAUAAAAGAGACCUCGAAAUGUCAGCAAGCCACCAUGGUCACCAUCAUGAGGAAGGCGGUGGUCACGACCACCAUGGACAUCAUCAUGAUGAACAUGGUGAAAAGGGUGAAAAAGGGUACAAACAUGAACAUCAUCAUGACAAAGGUGAUCAUGGUCAUUAUGGUAAGGAUCACGAUGAAGGUCAUCACGAAGAACAUGGUGGGCACAAAAAGGGACACCAUGAUGAGCACGAAGAGCACGGGCACCAUCAUGAGCAUGGGGAUGAGCACAAGGGUUCAAAAUAUGGACACAAAAAGGGUCAUAAGAAAGGUGAGAAGACCCAUGGUUAUCAUCACAAAGCCCAUAAGGAUGAAUAUCACAAAGAGCACAAAUUCUAUGAUGACUACCACAAGGGAGGUCAUCAUGAGAAACAUGGUGAUCAUUAUGGACACCAUGAGAGUAAAGAUGGACAUCACAAGAAGGGUGGUCAUCAUCAUUCUGGACAUCAUGAGGACCAUCAUGGAAAGAAGGGUCACUUUGAUAAAGGGCAUUACGACGAUGAUCAUAAAGGUUACCAUGGAAAACAUGGACACGAUGAUCAUUACUCGCAUCACGAGGAUUAUGGGAAGAAGGAGGAGCACCAUGGAGGAAAGAAACAUGGAUAUUCGAGUGGCGGUGGCGGCGGUGGCGGUGGCGGCCAUGGUGGCGGCGGUCACGGUGGCGGUGGAGGUGGCGGUGGACAUGGUGGACACCAUUAAAAGAAGCAGCAAAUGCAAUGAAAUUUUCUUAUAUUUGUUGUCUCAAUUGUUUUUUACUACAUCGUUGAUUAAUUUUAGACAUUGAAAUGUGAAUCGUCAUGUUUUGUUUUAAUAAUAAAAACCAUCCCU